AUGUUUCUCUACGAUUCAGAAGGCGAAUGCGAAUCAUUUCCACAUUUUCGAGUAAACAAAAGGCGCGCGGCAAAUGAAGCGUGUACACCUAGCGACAGCGACACAGACAGACGCAAAAAAGCGACACCACCGCCUUCGAGAGAAAGACGAGACAAUGCGACUUCCAUCAAGGUUCCUAGACGUGGCGUGUCGUUCUGUACUCGCUCUACUGUGAUAUGCAAUCAGUUUGCGUCUUACGUACAGGGAGGGACAGAGCAUAUGAACUCUGAAGAAAAAGACGCAAUCACCAAGUUAGUAAAAGAGUAUUCAGACAUAUUUCACAUAGAUGAAUGGGAAUUUCCGGAUGAACAACUGUCAAAGAGAAUUAUUUGGUGUUUCGUGCAUUUCGGGAAGAAAUCCUGCAGAAAGAGGAUUUAUAUUGAUAUGGCUGUAAGUACCGAUGGCACGGUAACCAUAACAAUACGCAUACAUCAAAACAUCGCUUACUCGCAAGCAUUCGAACACUUGCAGGUGCAUCAAUCAAACUGCACUGCUCGAUGCUCGAAUGGUAUCGUUCAGAAUGACGACCCCAUCCCGCUUACGAUUGAGUCGAAAAAUAUCAUAAAGGUAAUCCUCCUGCCUUUUUGA